AUGCCAACGGCCAAACAACCAACAGUCACCAAGCCCUAUACACCUGUUAACGCAGGUCCAGACCCACCUACCCACAGCAAAGUAAUUCACGCAGGAUUAAUAAGUAGAGGAAAUACCUGUUACGCCAAUUCCAUCCUGCAAGCAUUAACUGGAAUCCCAUCAUUUUGGUUACAUUGUGCUUCGGAAUCUUCUCUUGUUUCUCCUCUAUUGAAGUCUGUUAUGCUGAGUAUGUCCAUGCUGUCCCAGUCUUCCACAGCUGUUGACCCUUCCGCCUUCUUAAAAGCCUUGCAGCGUGAGAUGUCCAGCAUUAGGAAGACCCCAUUCGACAUUAAUACCCAGCAGGACGUGCCAGAAAUACUGCUUCAUGUCUUGGGGGAAUUAGCAGGCCCUUCGGUUGUCGCAAAUAAUAUCAUCACCAACAUUAUAACCACUACGACGUCGUGUAUGCAUGCUUCUUAUCAACUAGCAGGGAGGAAACCCGAAAAUUUGUCUGGAAAUGACAGGUGGCUUUGCCCGCAGUGCUCUUCUUAUCAAGACAGUACAAUCGAAUUGGUUUUCACCCAGUGUGGAGACAUUCUAAUUAUCCAACUGAAGAGGUGUACGUUUCUUGAUGGAAGAACCCUAAAAAAUAACAAAUUUGUUCCCUGCCUUGCUUCAAAUGACGGCAUUUUUAGAAUUCGCUCUCGGCCAACGGAUGACAUAUCAUUUAACAACAAAUAUUCGUUAGCUGCCACUAUUAUUCAUUCAGGUAUCCUAGGAGCAGGUCACUAUUGGGCAUUCAUUAAAGAUCGCAGCUGUGGCUCAUGGUCAAGAUGUGACGAUAAAGCAGUUGUUACAGUUGCACCAUCCGAUUUAAAUAACUGUUCUAGUAUUCAUAAGAAACAUAGCAAGGGGGUUCGACUAUGUCUUGUCUUUGGGUGCGACGACCCCACUUUUUACCCCCGUCCAAGGGUUGAUUUUUCAGUUAACUUGGUUGUACAGACCAUCCUUGCUGUGUUAGUUUUAUUAGCUGGUAAAUUAGCUGGUAAAGAAAACGGUAAAUAA